AUGGGGGAGAACGACGCCGCGCUCCGGGCCGGCGGCAGGGGGCUCUCGGACCCAUGGGCAGACUCCGUGGGGGUGCGACCCCGCACCACCGAGCGCCACAUCACGGUGCACAAGCGGCUGGUGCUGGCCUUCGCCGUGUCCAUCGUGGCGCUGCUCGCGGUCACCAUGCUCGCAGUGCUGCUCAGUUUGCGCUUCGACGAGCCCGAGGCGGGCGGGGAAGCCACCCCUGAGACCUCGUCCGCUCAGCCGCCGUCGGAGGAGGAGCGAGAGCAGUGGCAGCCGUGGACGCAGCUGCGCCUGUCGGGCCACCUUAAGCCGCUGCAUUACAAUCUGAUGCUCACCGCCUUCAUGGAGAACUUCACCUUCUCCGGGGAGGUCAACGUGGAGAUCGCGUGCCGGAACGCCACCCGCUACGUCGUGCUGCACGCCUCCCGAGUUGCGGUCGAGAAGGUGCAGCUGGCCGAGGACCGCGUGGCCGGGGCGGUUCCCGUGGCCGGCUUUUUCCUCUACCCGCAAACCCAGGUCUUGGUGGUGGUGCUGAAUAGGACCCUGGAUGCGCAGAGGAAUUACAAUCUGAAGAUCAUCUACAACGCCCUGAUCGAGAACGAGCUCUUGGGCUUCUUCCGCAGCUCCUACGUGCUCCACGGGGAGAGAAGAUUCCUUGGUGUUACUCAGUUUUCGCCCACACAUGCCAGGAAGGCAUUUCCAUGUUUUGAUGAGCCCAUUUACAAGGCUACUUUCAAAAUCAGCAUCAGACAUCAAGCGACCUACUUGUCUUUAUCCAAUAUGCCAGUGGAAACGUCCGUGUUUGAGGAAGAUGGAUGGGUUACGGACCACUUCUCACAGACCCCUCUCAUGUCCACAUACUAUUUAGCCUGGGCAAUUUGCAACUUCACCUACAGAGAAACUACCACCAAGAGUGGGGUUACAGUGCGAUUAUACGCAAGGCCUGAUGCUAUCAGAAGAGGUUCCGGGGACUACGCCCUCCAUAUAACGAAGAGACUGAUCGAAUUUUACGAAGACUACUUUAAAGUGCCCUAUUCCUUGCCAAAACUAGAUCUUUUAGCCGUGCCUAAGCACCCGUAUGCUGCUAUGGAGAACUGGGGACUCAGUAUUUUUGUGGAGCAAAGAAUACUGCUGGAUCCCAGUGUUUCAUCUAUUUCUUAUUUGCUGGAUGUCACCAUGGUCAUUGUUCAUGAGAUAUGUCACCAGUGGUUUGGUGACCUCGUGACUCCUGUGUGGUGGGAAGACGUGUGGCUGAAGGAGGGUUUUGCUCACUACUUUGAGUUCGUUGGUACAGACUACCUCUACCCUGGCUGGAACAUGGAAAAACAGAGGUUUCUGACGGAUGUUCUGCACGAAGUGAUGCUGCUUGACGGCUUGGCCAGUUCCCAUCCAGUAUCACAGGAAGUGAUACAGGCAACAGAUAUUGACAGGGUGUUUGACUGGAUCGCAUAUAAGAAGGGCGCUGCUUUAAUUAGAAUGCUGGCUAAUUUUAUGGGCCAUUCAGUGUUUCAGAGGGGUUUGCAAGAUUACUUAACCAUUCAUAAGUAUGGCAAUGCUGCCAGAAAUGAUCUCUGGAGCACACUGUCAGAGGCUUUAAAAAGGAAUGGAAAAUAUGUAAAUAUACAAGAAGUAAUGGAUCAGUGGACGCUCCAGAUGGGUUACCCUGUUAUCACCAUCCUGGGAAAUAUAACAGCAGAAAAUAGAAUAAUAAUUACCCAGCAACAUUUUAUUUAUGACAUCAGUGCUAAAACUAAAGCACAUGAACUUCAAAAUAACAGUUACCUGUGGCAGAUUCCAUUAACUAUUGUGGUAGGAAAUAGAAGCCAUGUGUCUUCAGAAGCAAUUAUUUGGGUGUCCAACAAAUCAGAGCAUCACAGAAUAACUUCUUUGGACAAAGGAAGCUGGUUGCUGGGGAACAUCAAUCAAACAGGCUAUUUUAGAGUCAACUAUGAUUUAAGGAAUUGGAGAUUAUUAAUUGAUCAGUUAAUCAGGAACCAUGAGGUUCUCUCUGUCAGUAACCGAGCAGGUCUAAUCGACGAUGCCUUCAGCCUCGCCAGAGCUGGCUACUUGCCUCAGAAUAUCCCCCUGGAGGUUAUCAGAUACUUGUCUGAGGAGAAGGAUUUUCUUCCUUGGCACGCUGCCAGCCGAGCUCUCUAUCCUCUGGAUAAAUUACUGGACCGCAUGGAGAAAUACAAUGUCUUCAAUGAAUAUAUUUUAAAGCAAGUUGCAGCAACGUACAUGAAACUCGGAUGGCCAAAAACCAAUUUUAAUGGAUCUCUCGUUCAAGCGUCCUACCAACAUGAAGAACUACGUAGAGAAGUUAUAAUGCUGGCGUGUAGUUUUGGCAACAAGCACUGUCAUCAACAGGCAUCAACACUCAUUUCAGACUGGAUUUCUAGCAACAGGAACAGAAUACCACUGAAUGUCAGAGACAUCGUCUACUGCACAGGAGUUUCACUGCUCGAUGAGGAUGUCUGGGAAUUCAUCUGGAUGAAAUUCCACUCCACCACAGCGGUUUCGGAAAAGAAAAUAUUAUUGGAAGCCUUAACUUGCAGUGAUGACAGGAAUUUAUUAAAUCGGCUUCUGAACCUAUCACUAAAUUCUGAGGUGGUCCUGGAUCAAGAUGCAAUUGAUGUGAUAAUCCAUGUAGCUCGAAAUCCACAUGGUCGAGACCUUGCCUGGAAGUUUUUCAGAGAUAAAUGGAAGAUAUUAAAUACCAGGUAUGGAGAAGCAUUAUUUAUGAAUUCCAAACUUAUCAGUGGAGUUACAGAAUUUCUUAAUACUGAAGGUGAACUGAAAGAGCUGAAGAACUUUAUGAAGAACUAUGAUGGCGUCGCUGCUGCCUCUUUCUCAAGAGCUGUGGAAACUGUCGAAGCCAAUGUACGCUGGAAAAUGCUUUAUCAAGAUGAGCUUUUCCAAUGGUUAGGAAAAGCUCUGAGACACUAAUGUGUCUCUUAUAAACAGUUCAGUUCAGAAUUCUGUGAGAAGACCUGCAUCGUGCGGAACGAGGAAAAUGGCCAGAUUGUCAGUGUUAAUGUGUGGGAGGAAUUUUUUUUUUUUUUUUUUGGUUUUGGGGGAUUUUUUUGUUUGUUUCAUUCAUUCUGUUUUGUUUCUCUAUUGGGUGUUCUUCUCUCAAGAAACUCCUGCAAGUGAAACUAGCGAUGAUUGCUUCAGCUGUACAUUCUUGCUGUUCAGGACCAAAUAUGAUAGUGAUGCAUGUUGUUGUUACAGUCAGUAUGGAAACGCAUAUUCAGAAUAUUUUGUGCAUGGCUGUAUGGUCCUGCCUGUGUUCCAGCAUGCUUAUUUAAACUGUCCGAUGUUGUAUGUGAAUAUAUGUUACAUCCAGUAUGGGCAUUAUGCAAAAGCACAAAGAUUCUCUAUGACAAUCAGUGUGGCAAUGAAUGAGAAACUGACAAGAGGAGUUACAGUCUUAGUCCUGGGCAACGUGAGAGGUGAACUAGCCCUUUCAAUGAUCGAUGUCCCUUGUUUUCAGCACUUGGAUUGUCUUGUAAUGAUUUCUGUGUUGCUAACUCACUUUCUUUGAGUUAAAGCUGUGUAUAUGUUAAAAAAGGCAUAUGGCUAGUGUAUGCAUAUGUAUAUGUACACAGGGAAGUCCCCUAUGUAUAUAGUAUGUUGUACACUGCACUUGUGCAAAGAAUCUCUUCAGAUCAAAGGAAAAUUAUCUCUUUUUAUAAACUUAUGCAAACUUUGAAAAGGCUGAAAGAGAAUUUAUCUCAACACUAUCCUUCCUGGUAAGUUCCUGACUAAAUUUCUCAACUGUCAGAGAUUUUUUUUCAUCUACUUCCUGACUGGUCUAGUCUACUACAUAAAAAUGAAUUCAAACAAAGCUUAUGUAUAAACACUCUU